UUAUAAGUUUAAUGUAAUUUUAUAUGACUAAUAAAACGUCUUAGCGGAAGGUCCAUGGAUAAAUUAAAAAAUUAUGCAACUAUUUCUAUAAUAUUGACGAGAUAUUCCAAAUUCAAAAGAAGAGCUCGCUGUAAUAUUUGGGCAGUGUUUACAAUGUCGUCAACGAAGCGUAAGCAAAUUGUGGUCACUGGAUUCGGACCAUUUGUGGGCCAUGAGGAAGUCAAUGCCAGCUGGGAGGCUGUGCAGCUGCUACCCGAAAAUCUUAGCUAUAAUGACAUCGACUACCAGCUGGAGCAACGAAUGGUGCCGGUAGAAUACGAAUCUGUCGAUGAGGCAGUUGCAGAGAUUUGGCAAGGCCAACCAGAGCUUGUCGUGCAUGUCGGUGUCUCUGGCGUAGCCAAAUGCGUUUAUGUAGAAAAGCUUGCCUACAAUCAUCAAUUUCGACGUCCAGAUAAUGCGGGGAAAUAUUUAGAGAAAGGCACUUGCCCUUUACCUCAGCAUGGACAUGCAAAUGUUUUGCGUUGUGGCCUUGACGUCGAUACGAUAGUGAGGGUUGUAAAUAGCGCUUGCAAAGAUUGUGUGGCUACAGCUGAGGCCGAUAAAACUUUAGGUGCCACUAUGGCGUCCAAAAAUGUUGGCAGCUUCCUUUGCGGUUAUAUUUAUCUCAAAUCCUUGGACAUCAAUUGCAAUAGAAGUUUGUUCGUACAUGUACCGCCUAUUGAUAAGCCUUUUAGUACAAGUCAGACAGCGGAUAUUCUCUACAGAAUAAUUGAGCAAUGUAUUCAGCAAAUUUCAGCUUUUGAAUGUCAGUGAGAGUGAUAUAUAUUCAUACAUUUGUUAACUGCGUAUGUUGAUAUAAGUGUAUACUGAAUUAAAUGUUAUGACGAUUGUGUAAU